AAGACAGCGGACUUGAAGACGCUUUUUCUAUCGCGUAAGGAGAGUCCCUCGAUCUCUCAUUUUUCUUUCAAUCUCAUAGCUGUGACUCGAUUGAAAGUGGAAUUCAUCAGAAGGGCGACGUUAAAAUCAUCAGGCCCCGACUUGGCAGAUACGGUCUUGCGACGCACUCAACGACGCGGCCACGUAUGUAGGCGCGUUGCGACUCUGUCCGUAGUGGUGCGCUACACGUACGCACACGCGUCUACGUUCGGGCGUGUGGUUGGUGCGCCGCGCACCGGUACACAUCGUUAUUAAGUGUGGUGCGAUCAUCGUUGCUAGCGCGCGCGAGUCGCUGACGAGCGGCGGCGCCUUGUCGCCAAUAUUAAUCCGCGCCUCCCGGCGAGUUGUUCCGGUUUAGUUUUGGGUCCGUCGGCACGUACACGCGCGUACACCGUGAGGAAGGACAAGCAGGAAAGAAGGAAGACAAGAAGGAAAGAACGCGAUUCCUCGUUCGAUCGCGCGAUAACUUUCGCGUAAUUUUUCUCCUUUCUCUUUCUCUCUCUUUCUCCGUCUUCCGCGACGGUUUCUCUACUGGACGGUCGGUUAGUUCGUCAAAAUGGCCGAGAACAGCGGUUUGCCGGGUCCGACCGCUAACCAGGCUGAAGAGAGCCAGCAAUAUCUGUCGAGUUUCAUUUCCGAGAUAGUCAGGAGCCCGCUGAACCUCGCGCUCGUGGCCGUGAUCGCCGUCCUGGUCUACAAGAUCGUCAAGAGCAAAACGAGGACCGAGGAGCCCGUGCCGGAAGUGAAGAAGCUGCCGAAACUGCGACGCGAUUUCGCGAUCGAGGAACUGACCAAGUAUGACGGUAAAGGGCCCGACGGUCGGAUACUGGUCGCCGUGAACGGCAGCGUGUACGACGUAACCAGAGGCUCCAAGUUCUACGGCCCUGGUGGACCAUACGAAGCAUUUGGUGGUCGAGAUGCUAGCAGAGCGCUGGCAAGGUUUGCGGUGGAUGCAGCAACAGAUAAAUAUGACGAUUUGAGUGACUUGAACACUGCAGAAAUGAAUUCAGUCAAGGAAUGGGAAGAACAGUUUAAGGAGAGGUACGAUUAUGUUGGGAAGUUGUUGAAGCCGGGCGAGGCACCCACAAACUACUCAGACGAGGAGGAUGAGGGUAGCCAACAGGAGACUGAAGCGAAAUCGGAGAAUUACGAAGCCGAGGCAAAGACGGAUCAUAAUGUGACUGAGGCAAAGACCAAGAGCGAUUGACCACGUGAUCGUACAUCGGAGGCGCAACCGUUUCGAAAGCACACCACGCACAUACUGUUGUUACGGAAAUUUUUGAAAUUGUCGCUCAUGAAUAUAUUUCUGGACGCGUUCGGCCGACUAUUUUAUUACUUCAUAACGAUGAUCAAAUAAGAGGCGAAAUACUGGCUUUUAAUGAAGUUCGAAGUACAUAAAGAGCAUUCGAAGCUGGAUGAUUACACGUAAAAGGACUUUAUUUGAGCGUCCGACUUCCAGUCGAGUGGACACUCACGUCUUUUAAUAUAUAUGUUUUUACAUGUGUACAAAAGAUUUUCUACAGAAUGCUAAGCUGAAUCAGUGGCAAAUAACAAUGUAGUAUAUUUCAUUGUAGAUGCUUCUUGUUGAAUUAAUUGCUGUAGAUCCUGGUGCACACACGGGUGGGGUGUGCUAUGCCGUGGUGCCUACACGUAUGUUCAGCAGGUACGGCUAAGUUCUUGACAUGCAUUUGGGGAUUUAGUUUUAAGGAGUAUCUUGUCCCGUUCACGUAAUUCCGUCAUUUUGUGAUUAAAAGGAUAACAAUUACACGCAGUACUGAAAUUAACAUGUGGCGAAGAGGAUUAUGCAGACACACACAUAGUUCGAAAUAAAACAUUUAUCGUCCGAUUAAACGUACGGCAUAUAGUUACAUAUUUAUGUUAUAUUUUUAAUACAAUCUCACCAGUACUAGAGUAUGAUAUAAUUAUCGUAAGCGAUGUGCGACACGAGAUAUUGCAAUCCCUCACUUACAUCGAGUUAAUGCAAAGGGCCGUCUCAGAAGAUCCAAAUUGUACAUUUCGUGCAAAAGUUUUAAUCGCUAUAUCUAACCAAUGUCAGGGGAAAUGGGUAUAACGUGUAUGUAUUUAACAGUUUGUUUUAUGUAUAUGAAAGUAAUAAGCAUGAAAUCUUUGUUGUGUAGAUUUUAAUAUUAUAUAAAAUUUUGUUAGAAAAAUUGUAAUAAGGAAUACGAUGGAGUAUAUUGAGAAUACGCAAGUAUUUGUAUACUUAAGCGUAUCCAGCGCCGCGCAUCUUUCUACAUUUCUCAGAGCAUUGAUUUAUUGAACAUUAAUACUUGCAGCAUUGUGAGUGCUAUUACGCGGUUUUGUUCAUCGAUAAAAUAGAACGUGGGUUUGGUAAAUAGUUAUAUAUCUUUAAGAAUAUAAGUUUAUGAAUAAAAGAAAUUAGAGUUUAUGUUAUAUAUAUACAUAUAUAUAUACAUGUUUCCAUAAACAUACAUAACAAAAAGAGUGAGAGAUAAAAAAAGAGUUUGCACGCAUUUCUUGCGCAAUGUGAAAUUUCGUCAAUGUAAAUUGAAUUUAUAUUUUACACUUUGUUGGCAUGAACAAAAGGCAAAAAAUUAUUUAUUGUAUACCACACACACACAUACACACAUCCUGUUAAUCAACGGAUACGUGUACAUAAUUUAUCAUGGUUAGAUAGUAUUAAUUAUGGCAAAUAAAGUUUUAUUAUUAUUUGUAUCAAUCGAAUGAUAAGAGUGUGUGUUCAGUUUUAAUUAACAACUUAUGCAGAAAGAUUACAUUCUUGAUUAAUUAAUUCAGAAAGACUUCUAUCUGUGUGGUGUGAAUGACUUCCACAUACUUUGCUCGAUUGUCUCACCAGAAAAUCAAACUGUACCGACUGAUAAAAGCGCACGAGAAGUCUAGAAAUUUAUUUCGCGAGUACGACAAUUCCAAGAUCUUGUUCGAAGUAAAGUGACAGUUGACAGAUGUUUGACGAGUGAAAGCUGGUGCAAUGCUUUGCGCGUUUUUUUCAAUUGGUUUGCGCAACUUGCUUCCAAUCUUCGAGUGACAUGUAGAUACGCCUAGAUUUUACUCUUCGACAAAAGCACGCUUCCGAACGUUUGUCUUAAUUAUUUACAAAGCGGAGUUUGUUAAGAGAAAAAAUGGAAAAAGGCGAGAGAAAAGAGUAGAUCGGCCAAUGAACGAAAUUUCAUUUCGUUGAUUACCAGAAGAGAAUUGCGAGCCUCUACAUGGAUCGAGAUCGUUCUCGCGUUGCGUUUUCCGAUAUUUCAAGGCGGGAUGAGGCCGCGCGGCCUCUCCUGAGUAUUCUCCAGACGGACGUGAGAAGAGCGGGGCCGGGGGCGUCUUUGAUUUACGGGUACGAGCUGGCUGGACGUUUAUCUCGCCUGGCUGAUGGUCUUUUUGGAACGCGCGACGCGCUCAAGCCGAUCCGAGAAUCGACCUUGCUUCUCUAAACCGCCUAACAGCGUAGCAUGUACACCGCGAAUUACACGGCCGCGUAAUCGUCGUGUGUGCUUAUCGUUAAAUAAAUAUUGAUUCUCGAUCCCUUUCCGCGCGCGGCAUCGUCGAACUGUAGUGAAGGAUCUAUCAUCGAUCCAUCUCGCUUAUCGGCCAGGCGCUUUAAUCGGACCGUUGGCUGUUAAAGGGGCACACAAGCGAAGGUCCUCUGUUUUGAGAACUGCAUUUUGUAACUGUUAUUACCACCAGUACUCUGUGAUACGACGGAUGCUGGAACGGGUGAACGGCGACAUGGAAUUUCGUUCAUUGCUGUCCCGAUUAUGCGACUGCGAGUGACAUACUUACCUGAUUGAUUGUGUAUAUGGGGUAAUAUGUCCGGGCAGGGAUAUACUACUCUCUAAAUUUCUUGGAGUGAAAUUCACACGGAAAGAUGAGUAAAGACUUGUGUCAGUUGAAUUCAUAUUUUUCAUUCGUAGAAAGUGAAUCCUCUAGCAUGAAUCAUGGAGUGAACAUAUUUAUUCGAAGAGUGAAUCUGUAUUUCUCCAUCCUAUUACAGGAAUAAUACUCUCACUUUGACAAUGAUAUACUCGCUCAAAUCGGUCGAAACAUUCAUUCAUGUAGAAUCAUAAUCCACUCUAAUCUUGAAUGAAACAUUUGCUCUUGCGAUCACAGUGGCAGGAUUUGUCGCUCUGGGUGAAGAUACUGCCACUUUUCACUAGUUUUCCGUGAGAUCCAUGAAAAUUUAGAGAGUACAAUGACGGUUGAUUAAGGGUUGUUGCGACACCCUUUUCGAUGAGUUUCGCAACGUACCCCGUGUCCGAUAAAAGAAUUUGUUUAUUCUUUUAGCAAUUCUCAGAAGAUAUGUUUUUCGAUUGAACAUGGAAUAACAUUGCAAAACUCGUCGAAAAAGUGUCGCUGCACUUAAUCAGCCGACCGUACCAGCGCGAUUGUUGUGUAGGGUGGCGCCGAAUUCUGUGUCUGCGAAACACAAUCCGCGAUCUCCGUUCGCCCGCGGAUCUUAUAUUCUCGUUAACAAAAUAAUUGGAUAAAACAUUUGCGUCUGAAAAUACACCGUAACUUGAUCGAAAAAUCGAA